GUGAUGCUGUCAUUAUGUCAAAAUUGCGUGGUUGAGUUGCUUUGGUUGAUGUAAUACUUAAUAAUUUGUUCUACUACUGAGAAGCCAGAGUCUACAGUGUACAUAGCGGCAUGCUCGUGCAUGAUGCGAAAUACCAUAGCAUUCGUGACUAUCACUACUGCACACGCUAUCGGCCGCACUAAAUGCGCCUCUGGUAACAUAAUCGUGUAUAAACAACGUUUUGAAAUUUGCAAGUGACGUGAAUACUCGUGCGAUGGUGUCUUGAGAUUAGUAAACGGAAUUUCCCAGACGGUUAACGAGAUAUAGACUGUCAACAAUGGCUGGAUCCACGCUGCCCGAGAGGGUAGCUCAGAUUUAUUAUACUUACGGAUUAUUUUGUUCGUCUUAUCCUAUUACAGCAAUCACAUUGGCAUUAUCUGUUUUGCUGCUGUGCUGUUACCCUCUACUAAAUGUACCGCUUCCUGGAAACAAACCAACGGUUGUAACAUUGCCGCUUCAUGGUGUUGACAUUUAUGAUCUCACGAGUUCUGACUGCAGCCAAAGCAAAUGCUCUGAAGAGAGACCUUCACAUUUGGAAAUCCUUUACAAUGAAACACAGAAGCUUCCUUAUAUUUGGGCAAAGGACAAACCUCUACUAUAUGUACAGCAAAUCAUUAUGAAAAUAGGUGUAUCUCCGUGGAACAACAAUUUAAAGAUGUGGGAUGCAUUCCGAGCACCUUUGCAAGAAGUUUUUCGAUUGCUAGAAACUAUACGGAACCAUGAAGAUCCAGAAACAAAGAGUACACUACUCCAGCAUUGUUAUCAAAUCGGGGGUAUCAAGCGACGCGAUAGCAAAGCGAGUAUGGAGCGGGUACUGCCGGAAUAUAGCUGCUUGCUGCUAUCUCCGGCAAACCUAUGGCAACAGAAUCUACAGUCGUUUUCCCUGGAUGCUAAUAUCAUCAACACUGUCUAUAAUUAUCAGAAUCUUCAGAAAGCCAAAGUGUCAAUAGCAGAAAUGGCGUUCGGUAUGCAACUCCGAGAGACUGGCAUUAAAAGGUAUCCGUUAAGAGCCCGACCACGAGUAUUGCAGUAUGCCGUCACUAUAUUCUACCAGCAACCGGACCAAAGAUACAUUCAAUCGUUAACAAAAAAGUUGAAAGAAAUAUACCCGCUAUAUCAAGAGAUGCCGUACACUCACGUGAACGAGUUUACUCUCGUCUACUAUCCAGGACAGUUCAACUAUAGAGAACUAGUUCCUUUGACUAUAACAUUUGUGGGACUGUUUCUCUACGUCUACUUCUCCGUUAGAAAAAUAGAAUUCAUUCGAUCUAAAUUAGGCCUUGCCGCUUGUUCUGUCCUCACGAUCGGUGGAAGUCUGGCCAUGUCAAUGGGCAUUUGUCUUUACUUCGGAUUCUCACUGAGUUUGCAAGGCAAAGAGAUAUUCCCCUACUUAGUGAUUAUCGUUGGUCUCGAAAAUGUUUUAGUUCUGACUAAGAGCGUUACAUCCACUGACUCGCGCCUCGACGUGAAGAUCCGACUCGCUCAAGGUCUCAGUAAGGAAGGCUGGUCCAUUACAAAGAAUUUGCUAACUGAAAUCACCAUACUUACUGUUAGUUUCUUUACAUUUGUUCCAUUUAUCCAAGAGUUUUCCAUAUUCAUGAUAGUCAGCUUAAUAUCUGAUUUUUUCAUUCAAAUGGCAUUUUUUGCUACUAUACUCGGAAUCGAUGUUCACCGAAUGGAAUAUUUUAAAGAUCAAAAUAACAAGUUGCAUCUAAAGGAAUAUUUUAAUGCAAAUAACGCUCUAAAUUGGAGAUUCAGUAAGAAUUACGUUGAAGAAAAUAGUUUUUCGCCCCAAAGAAUGACAAAGUCGAAAUCACAUCCGAGAUUGAAUGGCCUGGCUCACAACAGUCCGACAGAUGUCGUAGCUAAAAGGAAUUCCAGUCCGGGCCACCAGGACCACAGAGUUCCGAAACGAAUCCGCCUGGUGAACAUGUGGGCCAGGACGCGGUUCUUUCAACGCGCCUUCAUGGUCUGGAUGUUGGUGUGGAUCUCGAUGAUAGUGUACAACUCCGGCGUCGUUGACUACUUCAUCAGCAAUAUCGAGAAAACUGAAGCUGAAGUAAACAGGAGGAAUUAUGAGAAGAACGAGCCAAAGCAAUCGGCAUUCGUGUUCUACAACAGCAGCGAUAGAAAUCCUCUGGUGUUCCCGCCGAUGCUAGAUAUCGACUCGGAAAAGAACGUAGUGGAUGCAAAUGACACUAUUAUGCUAAAACAUUCACCACACUCGCGGCCGUGGUCGAGGCUGUCUUCGCAUCACUGGUCGGCGGUGUUAUCUCACUAUAACGAGUCGGUUGCUGGGCGGCAUGUGGCGGUGUUACCUCCAUUAUUGGUGAGCCAACGCGUGGCUCCUGAACUGGCGGCUGGAGUACGGAACCCUGAUGAAAGGGAUCCACCGCCGCUGCGCUGGCAAGCUCUUGCAGCUGCGCUAGACCCCAUCGAUAUGCUGCCAGAGUUCGAGAUAAUGGAAGGUAAAAGCCAGCCUCACGCGUGGGGCAAGGGCUCGGACCUGCCAAUAUAUCCCACCACACCGAUGGAGAUCCUUCUGUUGGCCAUCCUCUGCACGAUCAGUGUCGCCGUCAUCGCGUACAUGAUGGUCGUGCUUUACCGAUGCGUGUGUUCUCGACAUUACGCUGAGUGGCGAGCUUCGUGGAGUGAUGAUGAUGAGUAUCGGAAGAUUGUGGCGAAACAACCUGCAGUACAGUUGGUAAUGGAAGCCGUCCCAUUAGUCGUAGCUGGCCACAGUCAGGAGGUGGAGUGUUUGGUGACAGAUGGAGAGAAGGUCGUCAGCUCCUGUCUGCAAGGAAACAUCAAAGUGUGGGACUCACAGAACGGAGAGAUUCUCACUAAUAUAGACCGUGGCGCCUUCUUCAAACUCCAGAAAGACCUAUAUGAAAAAGUAUCGAAAAAACAUAAUUUGACGUACGAAGCAACUAAAGUAAAUCACAAUCCGGAACUGUUACCGAGAAAUACAGAGAAUGUACAUAGGCUACGUAAAGGGUUGAGCAGUUACUUGAGUGGCCUGCGGUUCAGGCCGGCGGGGCCGCGGGACUCGCCGCACCAUCUCUCCACCGCCGAGACCACUAAAUAUGAUUUCGCCAAAAAUUACAGAAACUUAUACUGCGGCGACCAACAAGAAGAUUUAUAUAAUUGUUACGAGGCUAAAGAAAAUGUGGAUACUAGUAAUUUAAAUAUAAGUAAUCAAGAUAUAAUGAACAGUAGUGUUAAGAGUCGUGAUAAUAGUGAUGAGAACAUAUUCGUGUUUGAUUCAAGUGAACAAUCUGUAAAUAGUUUACGUAAUAAGUCUAAUAAUAAGUCGACAUUAAGUGAUAGUGGGCCCACAGCAGAGGACGAUAAGAGUGAGGACGUAGUGAGUAAUCUGGAUUGGAGAGGGAAGGCGAUCAAAGAAUCUCCUGUGUGGUGUAUGGACUUUUGUAACGAUCUUAUCAUACUCGGCUGUGCUGACGGCCGGCUCGAGUUUUGGGAGGCCAGUUCUGGGAAGCUCAUGUGCGUAUGGUGGAGUAUAGAAGCUCGAGGGGGGUGUAACUCUGCGGGCGCGACGCACGUGCGUGCGCUGGCGGGGGCGCGGCGCGUCUGCGUGGCGUCGCUGGCCGGCCACCUCACGCUACUGCGCCUCGACGCCUACAACGCAGCCUCCGGCGCACACGUCGACUGGCAGUUCAGCACCGCACAUCGACGAACGCACAAACGCACGGGAUCUGCCGGUUCCCUCAGAGUGGGAUACGCGCCCGAGGGCGAGUCCACGCGCUCAAGGAUGAGCUUCUCCUACGAGACAGAUCUCAGCGACGGAGAAGAGGUGGUGUGUGUGCGGAUAGCUCAGUGCCGGCCGCACCAGCAGCCCAUCACAGAGAUGCACUGCGAGGGAGGACGCAUCGUCACGGGCGGACAGGAUCAUGUACUCAAGGUAUUCUCGAGUGCGGACUUGAACCCGUUGUUCACGUUGCACGGUCACUGCGGGCCCAUCACCAGCUGCUUCAUCGACCACGCCACCCCGACUAUCGCAGGGAGCGGCUCGCAGGACGGGCUACUAUGCGUCUGGGACCUGCACACCGGUGCAUGCCUGUACAGUAUGCAGGCUCAUGACGGUGCAGUGACGUCAUUAGCAUACACCGCCUCCUACGUAGUGUCAGCGGGUGCAGACGAACGCCUAUGUAUCUGGGAUCGAUUCCAGGGGCAUAUGCUCAACUCUAUACAUAUAGGUCUUAACUACAUGAGUCGUAUGUUGCCGCUAACGCACACGAUGCUGGUGAUGGGAGAUCGCAGCGGACUGACCGCGUACGAUCUCAGCAGUGGGGACGUCAUUCGACGAGUACUUCUAGGCCAAAGUGACGGUUGUAUCUUCGUGCGACAGAUACUACCUUUGAAGGAUGCUAUAGUCUGCGACUACGCGAAUCAGCUGCGCAUCGUUCGCUUCCCCCUAGUAUCUAGAUUAUGCGACAUGAAGAACGAAUAGUAAUGUAAGCUAUGUACACAUAGUUGGCACAUUGCUCGUGGAAACAUACAUCCAUAGUUAUAUGUUGAGGCUAAAGGUGCGUACAGAUUCACGGCUAACAUCAACGAUCUCGAUCCAAAAUCUUUGUGAAGAACGAUUUUUAACAGAAAUCAUACAACAGACGUCAAUAAUCGAUUAUAGAUCGAUUAAUCGAUUAUUGAUAUCUGUUGUAUUAAAGAUUUUGAAUUGAAAUCGAUUAUGGAAUUCGGUCUUUAGUAACAAAAAUUACUCAUAUUUUCACAUUAUCUAAGAUUAUUUUCCUGCAGCAACGUGUAUAACAAUACUGCAUUCGAGUAACAAUGUUAUAUUGUUAUUACAAUGUUGUGUAACAUAACGUCCAUUAGACAUGCAUAGAAUAUUUUGUAAUGUUUCAUAACAUUCAGUGUCCACAAUACCGAAAUAUGUUAUUAAUAUGUAAGUUAAAGGUAUAAUCUGUAGGCACCUUGGCCUUAUAUCUAUGCGAUACAGCAACGAUAGACUUGACAGUGUCUUACUAACUUCCAUAUACAUUAUCUUGUAGUUAUUCAACAAAUUGAAGCACAGCAUUCAUUUAUGGUUAAACAUUGUUCAGAAAAUUCUAAUGAAAAGUAUAUUUUGAUCGGUUAUUUUAAUGCUUAGUAUAUUCUAAUGUAUAAUUCCAUUUGUCGAGAAAUGCAUUAAUUAUCUAAUUCGUCAUUCUCUUAAAUGUUGUAAUCUACUUUUUAACCAUGGAAACUAAUCUAUUAAAAAAGAUAAUACCUACAUAAUUAACGUCUUUCAAAAAUAUUCCUAUAUUAGUAUGACAAUAUGGACAGAAUGGUAAUUGUUUCCGAUAUAUAUUUACUUCUGCGUUAAAGAUGAGCCUCUAAUGACAAUAAUUAUAGUCUGAUGAAAUACACGUUGUUAAGAAAAAGUCAAUUUUCCAUCAGUCUUUGAAUAAAAUUGUCAACUUUAGUCUGUUAUACUGCAAUCUGCAAAACACGGCCUAUGAGACGGUUAUUUAGACAUAUUAUUAUGUCCGAAAUACUAAGUUCUAUCUUUAAACGUCCACAUUCUUUGUUAUAGUCUAUAACUAAACGAAAUAUUUGAAAUGUACAACAUUAAAACAAAUAUUGAAAUGUAAUAAGACGUGUCCUCAAUCAAGAAUAAAUUGUUUCCACUUUUAAAUCUAUCAGAGUAUCCAAACGUAAUGAUACUCUCGUUAAUUACAUAAUUUAAUUUUAGUCUAAGUUUUCGUAUUUUUCUAGCCUAAGAGAAAUAAGUAUGAUUUUGACGUAAAAUAAGUUCUCGCAAUUUCGUACAAAAUUCAUUGAAACGUUUAGUUUUGGCAUUUUGAAAAUUUAUUUAAUUUGGCUAGCUUGGGUACUUCCUUGCUGUCCAACCUUAUUGUUAUGUGGAGUCGUAGAGUCAGGUUUAUUUCUUAUGAUGUUGAGGUAAGCUUUAUUUGUGCAUGUGAGGAAAUAAUGUUGAAACCUUUUAAAUAACUAUUUAUUGUUUACAAUUUAGAUCAUAUACAGUUUAUUCAAAACUGUUACUAAAGGCUGUUUUGAUAUCAAUACAUAUUUAUUUAAUAAAAACUUAUAUUUUGUGUAAAC